AUGAGCUCCAACACCCACCGCGCCGACGAGCGGCGCUUCCUCGACGAGCGCGGCUCCAACGCCGCCCUCGCGCCCAACGGUCUCAACCCCGCCACUAUCAUGGAGAAAGCCGUACGCGAGCGCAUCAUCGACAGCUACUUCUGGAAGGAGCAAUGUUUUGGCGUCAACGAAGCCGAUAUCAUCGACCGCGUCGUCGACCACGUGUCCUUCAUCGGUGGCACCUACGGCGGGAACCAGAAGCCGAGCCCCUUUCUAUGCCUGGCCUUCAAAUUACUACAAUUAGCCCCUGAUGAUACCGUUCUCGGAGAAUAUCUACAGUAUGGCGGGGACCGCUUCAAGUACCUGCGCGCUCUGGCUUGUUUCUACGUGCGGUUGACGCGACGCGCCGAGGCCGUGUAUACGAUUCUGGAACCGUUCCUCGAGGACAAGCGGAAGUUACGGCGGAAGGGGCGCGCGGGAACGAGUUUGACAUAUGUGGAUCAGUUCGUUGACGACUUAUUGACAAAGGACCGCGUCUGCGCUACGAGUUUGUGGCAGAUGCCUAAGCGCGAAGUCCUCGAGGACUUGGAGUUACUGGAGCCGAGGACUAGCCCGCUUGGUGACAUUGAGGACUUAUUGGAGGAUGAGGAUGUCGAUAUGAAUGGAGAUACUAAUGGAGACGCGAGAGCGGAUAGUGAUGAAGAGGGGUUAAUUGAGGAGGGAGAGCAGCUUUCGGAUAGGGGGCGUAGGAGAUCGACUUCUGGGUCAAGCAGGAGAGGAGACUCGAGGUUCCGUGGUAGAGACCGAUCGCGAAGUGGCAUGGAUGUUGAUUCUAGUGGUGAAUCUGGUAGGGAUGACCGUUGA